AUGUUACUUAAUGAUACUACCAAAAAUAAUGAUAUCCCAAUUCACUAUAACAGAAAAACACCCUUUUAUAACCCUACAUCUGAUAUAAUUAAUAGUUAUUCCUCAAAUGAUAUUACUGGCUUAAUUUACAAGGACAAUUACAAACAAACAAACGAAGCUGAAGAAGGAUAUAAUGAACCAUUUUGUAUGAACAAUAAGAAAGUUAGUUAUCAAAGGGACUCUACUCCAAUGACCGAUCACCUGCAACAACCGCCUAAAAGAAAUACGCCUAAGUUACAUCCUUAUAAUUAUGGUAGUGGCUCUUCCAAUAACUUAAAUUUUGUUCCUGCACCAGCACCUACUACUUUAACUGAGGAAGAAGGGACCUUUGCAUCUAUUUUUCGCACCAAGAGCACACCCGUAGCAUCAGACCAUAAAAUGACUAUAUUAUCUAAUUCAGCACACCCAUUGCACACUAAUUAUCUUGCCCAUAACUUGAAUACCCACACUAAUAACCCUCGUCUUCACACCAACAAUUAUAAACAACCAAGCUCAGCUCAUUGUUUGUAUAAUAAUCCAACUUCCUCUAAUGUUUCUGUUUCUGUUGCUACCCUUACUACUAACGUUACUAACAAUGCCAACGCUAAUUCCGAAAAGGUAAUGUGCUGGGGUGCUCCUUGUAAAUUAAUUAGAUCUAAUAGUAGCAAGAAACUGAAGAAUUUAAGCGCAAGUAGUAGUUGCAAUCCUAGCAGAAGGAAUAGUGUUACAAGUAGUUUGUGUUCUGCUAAUGCCUCAACCAUUACUACAGGUAACAAUAGCGCACAUGCUAUUAAGAAAAGAGGAUCCUAUCAAAAUUUGGCAGGUGGUGGUAAUAUUACUUCUAAGAACAUCGUUGGCAAUUUUAGACUGAAAAAGAAGAGUUCAUUUACAGAUGAAGUAUAUACUACUGAACAUUCUUUUUGUUACGAAGACGAGGAACAGGAAGAUGAUAUGGAGGAGGAUAAUCUGGGCCUAGCCAGUGAAGAUUUUAUAUACCAAUCAAACCAUACUACAGUGGAAAGUUUGGAUGUUUUUAAAAAAAAUAGAAGUGGCAUUCCCACUAUCAAUGCUUCAAAUUCCAGCGAUGGUAAUAAUAGCGGUAUUGAUAAAGUUACUAAUGACGAAAAACCAUUUCCACGUACUCCCAAAAGAGCUAUUAUUUCAUCAUCCGAUAACAUUAAUAAGGAAGAUAAUAUGAUUGCACCCUUGAUUUUUGGAGAUUGUUUACUUUAUGGGCACGAAAAAAUUGAAACUUAUAAUGCUGAUAAUAGUAAACCAUUGGAUCAUUGUAUGAACAGUUCUGGUCCUAUGACUGCUAAAGAUAGAACCAUCGCCACUUCUACCUAUACUUGUCCCUCAUCGAAUUCUAAAGAUAUACACAAGAAAAAAAUGCAAUUCAAAAAUAAUCACAACACAGCAAUAAAUAAUGAUAAUUCUGCGUGCAAUCCUGCUAACAACGGUUAUAUGAACGCCCGUAACCAGAAAUCCAAUGAGUAUUAUUACAGUAGUGUUAAUGCUGUGGAUGAUUUUGAAUGUAAUGGGAUACCAUAUAUCACACCGGACUUGUUUAGCGAACUUUUGAAAAAAAAUAUUACGAAGGAUUUAAAUGAUGAUACCAAUUUAAUAGUCAUAGAUUGUAGAUUUGAGUAUGAAUACAAAGGAGGGCAUAUUAAAACAAGUUUGAACAUUAACGAUCAUAUGCUAUUGCAAUCGUAUUUAUUUAAACGUAAUAAUUAUCUAACUGCUGAAAAUCGCAAUGCUCACACGGACUAUGCUGGUUUUUUCACUGAAAAACACAACGGUGAAGUCCCGACAAUGGAUGCGGAUAAUUGUGAUGGCAAUUUAUCUCAAAGCUGCGAAACUAUAGUUGUUUUAUAUUGUGAAUUCACCAAAUAUAGAUCACCUACGUUGGCUCAAUUUAUUAGGAAAUUAGACCGUGAAUUAAACCUAGAAUAUUAUCCUGAACUAUAUUACCCAAAUCUAUGUAUUUUAAAAGGCGGUUAUAACAACUUCCAUGUGCAAUAUCCUGAAUUAUGUGAAGGUGAUUACAUUCCCAUGGUUGAAGACUUUGAUUUUGAUGAUAAAUUGGAUAUAUUUAGAUCGAGAUCAUAUUUUUUAAUGAAUAAUUAUAACAACACUGCAAUUGAUACUGCACUUUCCUCCAAUGUCUGUAGAGAUAGUAAUGAUAACACCUAUUGUUACUUUGGGAAACCAUUGAAGAAUAUAACUAAUGUGUUUAAUAAAAGUCAUGUCUGUACUAAAAGCGGUACCAAAAAAGGUACUUUCCCUUUCAAAAGUGACCAAGAUAAUGAGUAUGAAAACAUGAAAAAAGAUUUCAAUGGUAAUAUUAUUAUCGAUGAGACGGAAGAAGUAUAUGAGAAGAGUUAUGAACAAAAGUCAGCUGAUGACGAAGAUAGCGAAGGUACUUAUGGAUACGAUGAUAGUUACAUGGCUGCUCAAUUACGUAGAAAAAUUGGAUUAUCCGAUAAUAUCGAUGACAUUGAUUAUGAUGAUGAUAUUGCUAUGGAGCAAUUGGAUGAAAUCCUAAUUGAAUUAUAA